AAGGGAGGGAGAGCAAAGGAGAGAGCCAGAGGGAGUGAUACAGAGAGAGAGCGAGGAGAGAGAGAGAGAGCAAAAGGGAGGGGAGUUUAAACUAAGUGCUAUGUUGUGGGACAGGCUAAUCUGCUAGCGAGCAGUGUGAGGAUCGGAGCGUAUUGUGUGAGCCAGUGUGCGGGGGACAGAUAAGGGAGCCAGCCAGCCCGCCAGCCCGACCCACCGACCCACCGACUGCCUGACUGCCUGUUUUAAUGUGCUGACUCUGGGGAGAUUUAAAAAAAAAAAAACAGCAUAUUGACUCCUUAGACGUGUGCGGAGACCCUGGGCACAAACGCCACUACUACAGCCACAGCCAGCAGAGGUGCAUCAACAAGAACAAACAGAGCGCUGAAAAAUCACAACUCCAAAAUCAGAAAUUGAAAGAGGAUUUUUUUUUUUUUAUCCCCCUCUUUUUUCAAUUGAUUUCAUUUUUUCUUUCUUUCUUUCUUUCUUUGUUUUUUGUGUUCCCGGGACUGACUUCCUAACCGUUGACAAGAAAAAAGGGGGGAGCAAAGAAACUGAAGAGAAUCUGAAAAUAAAAGGACAGAGCGAACAAAAAAAAAAAAAAAAAGGCACCGAAUCUGAACAUGUUCGAAAUAAGCCGAACACUCAACGCCGCUUUGUUGAGCAAUGAGCAUCUCAAGAUGAUGGCGAGGUACGGGCAGCUCUCGGGACUAGCAGCCAGUGGCGUGGGCUCCGUCCCCGAGACGCGCUCGCCGCUAUUUCCCAGGGAUCUCCCGUCAUCGCCAGCCCAGAUGGGCUACAGGUCACCCCUGGGGUCGACAGAGACACAGUGGCGUCAGGCAGAGCUCCCACAGCUCCAGGGCUGGGCAGAGAAGGGAUUGCUGACACAGCCAAAGAUGAUCAUCAGUAACAUGGAGGCUCCAGUGACAAAUGGCCCAAGCGGAGGAGGCACCACAGCCAACGGGCCGACCACCAACAGCCGCGGCUGCCCCUCGCCCAUGCAGACUGGCCCAACAAAUGACGACAGCAAGACCAACCUCAUUGUCAACUACCUGCCCCAGAACAUGACCCAGGAGGAGUUCCGUAGCCUGUUUGGUAGCAUCGGCGAGAUAGAGUCCUGCAAGCUGGUUCGCGACAAGAUCACAGGACAGAGUCUGGGCUAUGGCUUUGUCAACUACAUCGAUCCAAAGGACGCAGAGAAAGCCAUCAACACGUUAAAUGGACUCAGACUUCAGACCAAAACGAUCAAGGUGUCAUAUGCGCGACCCAGCUCAGCCUCCAUCCGUGACGCCAAUCUGUAUGUGAGCGGCCUGCCCAAGACUAUGACCCAGAAGGAGCUUGAGCAGCUCUUCUCCCAGUACGGACGCAUCAUCACCUCCCGCAUCCUCGUCGACCAGGUCACAGGCCCCGCAGGUGGCUCCCGAGGUGUGGGCUUCAUCCGCUUUGAUAAGAGGAUAGAGGCUGAGGAGGCCAUCAAGGGCCUGAAUGGACAGAAGCCAUCAGGUGCCGCAGAGCCCAUCACAGUCAAGUUCGCCAACAACCCCAGCCAGAAGACCAGUCAAGCCCUUCUGUCACAACUCUACCAGUCCCCCAAUCGCCGAUACCCAGGUCCCCUUCACCACCAGGCUCAGAGGUUCAGGCUGGACAAUUUGCUUAAUAUGGCCUAUGGCGUAAAGAGGUUUUCCCCCAUCACUAUUGACAGCAUGACCAGCCUAGUCGGCAUGAACAUCCCCGGGCACACGGGCACCGGUUGGUGCAUCUUUGUGUACAACCUGUCCCCAGAUUCGGAUGAGAGCGUGCUCUGGCAGCUGUUUGGGCCCUUCGGCGCAGUCAACAAUGUCAAGGUGAUCCGUGACUUCAACACCAACAAGUGCAAAGGCUUCGGCUUCGUCACCAUGACGAAUUACGACGAGGCAGCCAUGGCCAUCGCCAGUCUCAACGGCUACAGGUUGGGCGACCGCGUCUUGCAAGUCUCCUUCAAGACUAACAAGACACACAAGUCCUGAACUUUAACAGGUAGAAGCAGUUACCCCGCGACUUUGUCUGCUCCAAAAUUGCCCCCAACCACCCCCUCCCCAUCCCCCUUCUUCACCUCCACCCGACCCUUAGCCCCUUCAGUCACUACUACCACCCUACUACAGCCAUCCAACACAGCAAACUCAAACUCCAACUGGAACACAAAGCAACCGACAAACCAUCAAACAAAUUGAACUAGAAAUGGCUUAUAUUAUAACUUUGGACCUAUAAGCCAAUGUUGCCUAAGUAUUACAAAAAUGAAAUGAUGAAAAUGUUCAUGAGUUUUUGGAAGCUCCUGUGAUAAUGCAGGCUUCUCUUUGUUGUAUAUUCUGUUCGUUGUGGUUGUUAAAAAUGAUUUUUUCUCUUCUGUGUAAACAGUAGCAAAUCCCUGUAUCCCCUUAUUUCAGAGAAGAGAAUGUCCUUUUUAGAUUGAAACCUUUUCUCUGUCUUGAUUCAGGAUUUGUUUUUCUUUUGUAAAUCCGGAUCCACUGUCGUUAGUAUUAUAUACCUCCCUGUCGGUGAAAGGGAGGGGGCUCUUUUUUAAAUUGGUGAACCAUUCAUUCAUUUUUAGUGUGUAUCAAAAACUUCCCCUUAUCGAUUAUAGAUGGGAUUCCACAAUCCCGGUAACUCUGAUGUAGAAAAAAAGAAUUUCUAACAUUGUUUUUGUUUUGUAUCGCAAACAAAACAUAAUGUCUUUCCUCACAGGGGUUCAGGGAGAUGGGGUGAGGGAGGGGAUGGGUUAGCUUUCCUGAUGACACGUUCAGUAAUUUAAGAAAAAAAAAAAAAUAACACUGUUGCCAAAGAGAAGAUCUCUUUGCUUGAAAAAAAUGCGUUUAGAAAAAAGAUAAAAAUAAAGAGAAAGAAGAUCUAUUUUUAUAAAUGAUAAUUAAAAUAAUAAUUAUUGAAGAAUUUUUACAAGAAUCUGGAUUUGAAAAAAGAGAAAAAUAUUUUGACUGGCUAACUAGGGGGGGCCGGGGCGGGAGGGAGGGGGCACCACCUUGUCUUGUCGUUCUGCCGUGGUACUUUAUAGGAUCAAAGGUUGUUUGUUUUUUGGGGACUCCAAGUUGGCAGUGAUUUUGUAGAUGGAAGGUUUUGUGAAAAGGGAUGCAAACUGAGGCAGGUGAUUUUGGUAAUUUUUCACAUGUGUACUAGUGCGUAAUUAUUCAACAGCGAUACCCAAAAGGGAAGGGAGAGGGGUCUUUCUAAGGCCUAACCAUCCUUAUAGUCCAGAGCCCAAAGCAAGAAGACCCUUUGUCCACUUGUUUUUCCUGUUUUUGUCAUCAGUCAAUAUGGGAUAUCAGUAAAUAGAUAUAUACACAUCUAUCCAUUUAGAGAGCAUACUAUACAUUAUCUAUAUCAUUUUCUUCGCUCUGCGUUUGUGAACUUACAUUUGAAAAGAACUUCCUUUUAGCGAUCAACAGUAGGUGCUAUACUACAUUAUUCACAUAUCUUAAAUAUCCAAGUUUGUUGUUCUAUGUGUUGUUUAAAGAAAAAAAAUACUUCGAUGUUGGCAUUGACUUGAGCUGCUGUUCUUUGUUUAUAGUUAUUUGUUUAUUGUUGGCCCAAAAAAUCUGGUGAGACUAUUUCUUUGCUGAAUAACCAGAUAAACGAAUUUGGGCCGUGUAAGAAUCAACAAACAAAUUUUUAUUUUGUAUUUUUUUGUUUGGCUUGCUGACUUUUAGGUUACUUGCUGAGCGUGAAACGUUUGUCAAAACUAAAUGAUGAUUAGCUAGUUCCGUUAGUCUAGAUAUUUGUUUCCUUAAAAAGGAUCUAUGACAACUGUGUCUUUAUUUGCUGUGUACAAAUAGAUGAUAUAUAUAUACAUAUAUAGUCUACAUUUGUUUUACAAUAUCUACUGUACUAUAUGAGUUGUCACUGUUCUUUUGUUUGAGCUUGUCUUUUUCAUAUGACAACUUAUUAUGAAGUGGUGGUUCAGUUACUUAGAAAAACUUGUGAGGAAACUGUUCAAUUGUUGUCAUGU